UGUAUAUAAACCCCAUUCAGUCUUAUCUCAUUUGGCAUCCAUCAAUCCAACCUUCACCUUCCUCCUACAAUUCUCUUUUAUUUUCUCUCACUCUCUUUGCAAUUCUUUGACACUCAAUUUGUUCUUUAAAACAUCAUUAGUGCCACUAAUAAACUCUGAAGUACUGGUGUAAUAUACUAAUAACAGUACUCGAUCAAUUUUCAGAAGAACAAUGCAGAAGAUUAUAUUGUCCCUUGAUCUACAUGACGGCAGAGGCAAACAGAAAGUCAUGAAAUCAGUUUCUGGACUUUCAGGGGUUGAUUCAGUAUCGAUAGAUAUGAAAGACAAGAAAUUGACAUUAAUUGGAGAUGUUGAUGCACUACUUGUUGUAAAGAAACUCAGAAGGCAUUGUCACACAACAAUAGUUUCAGUUGGGCCAGCAAAAGAACCAGAAAAGAAGAAGGAAGAACCAAAGAAGGAGGAACCGAAGAAAGUAGAACCCAAGAAAGAGGAACCAAGGAAAGUCACUAAUGAUCCGGUAGUUGAUUAUGUUAAUGCUUAUAAAGCAUAUAAUCCUCAUAUGACUACACAUUAUUUUGUUCAGAGUGCUGAAGAAAAUCCAAAUGCUUGUGUUAUUUGCUAGAUGAAUUUCAUUUCAUUGACUUUUAGAUCCCUGCUCGAUUUCAUUGAAGAAUACUAACAUUUGCACAAUUGAACUUAAUUUUUCUUGCACAAUUGAACUUAAUGUUUAAGAGGAAAUAAUAUGUACUGUACUUAUAUGCUAUUUGGAAAUCAAAAUGAAAGGCAUUGUUCUA